AUGCCUUCUCGCCUCAGUGACGAUGCUCUCUUUCGCCACCAAGCUUCUCAGCCACUACAAUGGGUCGACGACUUUGCCAAACACUCCGAUGAUGAGCUUCUCACAACAGAUACAUCAGGUCCAGCCACUCCUCCUACCUCGACCUCUCGUAGUCCUACACCUUUGGUGGUCGCAUACUGCGGCACCGAACCCAAAAACGUCGCCAUAACUUGCGGCGUCCGAGCCUGGACCAAACACCAAGCUUAUGGUGCCAGCGAUGCGCUCGUCAAAUACGCAACUGCCUCGCCACUACUGCCCCAACAGGUUGCAGAGAUGGUCUCAAAUCUAUCGGUUAUCGCUCGUGUCUCGAUCAAAGCUGCUGCGUUCUUUAUCGAAGUCAUCCUCGAAGCCGUCAAGAACAGCACUGGCAUGGCGCUCGGCAUCACUCGACGUGCUCUCAUCAGUGCAAUCGGUACGGCUAGGGCCGUUCAUUCUAUCACCUCGGGCGAAACUUGGAAUGCAAAAGAUACAGGGCGAUCAGAGCAAACCACUCCAUCUUUUCUCAGCAUCCUCGACAAAUAUACUGCCGUGGGCAUUUAUCUCAUACACCAUGCCUUCACGCUCACAGAGCUUUUUGCCAUGGGCACCUUUCAACUGGUUGGCGGCACACUCGGUGCAGGUCUCGCCGCCGCGGACGAGUCGGUGCGUACCAUCGACGGCAUCUUUGGUUCCAACGAGACAUCUCGUGCGCUUGCUUCGUUUAUCAGCUUGGUUCGCAGUGAAGGCCGCGAUGAUCCGCGCUUUGCCAACAGUAGCACCGUCUCCAUCCUCAACAAGCUCACCAAAGCUGUCACGGCGUUUGCCGUCCUUCAGAAUUCCACUUACAAACGCAGCGCCAAGAGCAUGAAGAUGCGCGUCAUCUACGACUGCACUGUGCUGGGACAAGUGGAAGCCAAGAACUGGCGCUCGCUCAUGGUUGGCUCAGGUAACUUCAUCCGUGCUCAGCCCUCCGCUUUACUCGCAGCAGCAUCUGAGCGACUCGAGACAAUGUCUCUCCGAUCACCGCCUCCCAGAUCCGCUUCGCUCCUCAAUCCCACAGACGACCGUUGGCAUGCGAACUCGAAUGGCACCAAUCUUUCCUCGUCCAAGUCCAGAGGUUUUCUUGGUGAUGGUCUUUGCCUGACAGAUGUCAACCAUUCCCCCUCUUGGGAUCACAAACAUGUACCCGCAAACAUGGCCGAUCUUGCCAUGCAAGCUCAUGUCGCUGCUGACGAUGCCUCUUUGAUGGCUGAUCUCGAUUUUCUCGUCGGCGCCGACGACGACGAUGACUCACUCGACGCUAGUCUCACGGAUGAGCAGCUCCCGCCACACUUGCGUCGCCAGCUUCAAGUGUACACUGAUGACCAGCUUCGCGAUGGAAUCGUGCUGCGCGACGAGUUCCAGGGCGAGAAUCCAAAAAAACACUUUCGACGCAUCCGCAAAACAAACCGCGCAAAUGGAAACAGAGAGACCAUAUACGAGAUUACAACCGAGAUUGUCGAGACCAUCGAGACCGUCACGACGAUCGAGGAGAGAGCAACAUUGUUGCGGCCAGAUGCAACGCCGGACCAGGAGUUUACACAUAGAAGCGCACUGGUGCGCCCGGCAUCUGCGACACCAAUGGCAAGCCCCGGCAUGCUCCACCGCCAAGUCACCAGCUCCAAGAGCGGCACAGAGACGCGGUCGAUCUUCGAUGGCGGUACAGAGACCAAGCUAGAAGAGGACCAAGAGUGGUGUGAGAUCCGCACGACGGGUCCAAGGGGAGCAAUCGACCGUGUUCAACCUAGUUCGGCCUCUCUUGGCGUCGCGGCUGACGAGGAAAUGAACAUGCCAAGCGCCUUGACACUCCCAGAGGCCCCGAAUGGCCAUCACUUGUUGAAGAAAACCAAGGACGACAUCUCGUCGAAAGUGCCCGUGGUCUUCAAGACGAUGACCAAGAAGCUCACUCAGAAGCGCAAGACGAUUCGAAGAAUCCAACUUGACAACACACACGACGGCACAAACAGCGCGGCACUAGCUGACCCUCGUCUAGCUUCUUCUGGCUCUCACAGCGCGCGUCGUUCAAGAAGCCCAGAGACGUCUGGCAUCUCUUCCGUAUCCCCGGUCAGCCCAGUUCUCUCUGCCGUUCACGCUUCCCCUGAGCCGGCCAAGGUGACGGACAAAACUUGGUCGCAGGCUAAGAGCAACUCGAAUCGGGACUCGUCCACUAGUAAAGGUGUAGUAGAUCUAGGUCGCGGGCUUAACAAGGUUCUUCGUCGCGCCAAACAUUCGUUCAGAGGCGAUUCGUCCCCGGAAAACGCUGCCGCUCCAAAGUCUCAGCCGCGCAAGUCACAUGACAUAACGCCUUUCGUCAUGCAAGUGAGUUCGUCAUCAUUUGGCAGCGGCUCAAGUCAUGUGACGCCAGCGUCACUUGCAACUCCACUACGGUCGCCUACGAAGAGCAAGCGCUUUUCGGGAGCUGAUUAUGGGCCGGAUCCCAAGGCGAUCAAGCGCAACGUUAAGGCGGAUGCCGCCGAAAAGAUGGGUGCGGUGACAAAGGAGUUGCCCUCGAUCCCACAGCGGGGCGCGUCUUGCCAAACUCUGUUCCCGGCUGAGUCGGUACGAGCGUCUGGCAUGUGUUCGACACCGAAAGCAUCCUUACGCGAGAACAAGCGACGCAGUCGAGCGCCAUCGAUCACGUCGAUUCGGUCGUUCGCGUCGCGCACGCACGUGUCGAGCCUGUCGGCACCGGCUGGCACCGAUAACGGAAAACACGCCUGGGACUCUACCGCAUUCCCGCAGGCGCAUCUGGUGGAGAACCUGCGUCGGUUCAUGCGGUACUCUUCAGCUGCGUAUGGUCAGAAUUUCAUGCGAAUCUUUGGAAUCGGAAGCCUGGACUACUUUUUCCCGGACACGAGCAAGCAUCAUGCCAAUGUAUGGGCAUUUGCGCAUCACGUUGGCAUCCCUGUUGAUUGCAUCCUUCUGAACAGCUUUUCCGAGCCUCAGCCGUUGUUCACCGAGCAAAUGUCUCCACUGGUCAACUAUGUCGCCGUCGAUCAGGCAGCCAAGGCGGUGGUGCUCACCUGUCGUGGCACCAUGGGUCUCAGCGACAUUCUGACCGACUUGACUUGCGAGUUCGAAACGAUUGCCGUGGAGGGCGGACGGUCGGACAAGCUGUACCAGGUGCAUUCGGGUAUGUUGGCUAGCACGCGUCGGCUGUGCAACGAGAACAGCACGGUCAUGCAGACGCUCAGACGCGCUCUACAAGAGAAUCCUGAAUACGGCCUUGUGAUCACAGGCCACUCGUUGGGUGGGGGUGUAGCGUCGCUAGCGGCGGUAGAGCUCAGCUGUCCAGCUGAGCUCUUUCGACAACAGGCACUACGCAGAAGCGCAGAUACGGGGCAGUAUGUCCAACAUCCGCGGAUAUACACGCCGUUUGUGACGUCGAUCGACAGUGGACUGCCGGCUGGGCGUCCGAUUCACGCUUACGCAUAUGGGGUUCCUGCAGUGGCUUCGCCCGACCUAUCGGCGCACUGCAAAGGCUUGGUGACGAGUAUCAUCCAUGGACACGAUUUCAUCCCCACAUUGUCGCUCGGCAUGGUACGCGACUUUAAGAACAUCGCGCACGCGCUGAGUGAGGAAAGCGACUCGGAUGUGGCGCGCGAAAUCAUCACGCGCGUGCUGGGCAUGUAUCGCAAGCGAUGCGCGCUACGUGCCAGCGUGGAAUUCAAGCACAAGCAAGCGGCGCAUCUGGCAUCGCUCGAAGCACCGCGUCCACAAGAGCUCGCGCUCUCGGAACGCGAACUGCAGCUGAGUCGCGAAGAACUACUGAAUGGCAAGACACGAAACCUGGCAACCGACUCGAACUACACGGAUCCGAAUCUCCGCGAAGACGAGCUGGAUCCCUUCUCGUACUCUUGCGCUGGACGACAUGUGCGGCGCUGUGCAUCAACGUCGCGCGUCGCGCCGGAGCAGACGGACCACGCGACAGAGCUCGCCGACUGGCUGUGGUCGCUCAUCAAGACGAUCCGUGCCGACAUGCACUCACCCAAGCUCUACCCGCCCGGUGACGUAUACUGCAUCGAGAGCUUUCCUGUAUUUGUCACGCCGCGCAUGCAGCCAGAUAGCGAUAUCGUCUCCAACCGCAACCACACCGGCAACUGCGCCCAAGACGAUCAGCACACCAACUCCAGAGCCGAAGCGCACAGAGUCAUCUUCAGGUUCUGCGAAGACGUCGAGAAGCGCUUCAGCGAACCCGUCUUUGCCAAGAGCAUGAUGCGCGACCAUAUCCCGACCAAUUAUGAGCUGUGCCUGAGUCUGCUCUACGAAAGUGUGAUCGAAAACCAUGUUAGACAGUAG